AGAGAGCAAGAGAUAUAGCAAGAAAGCGAAUGCUCGAUAGAGAGAGAGAGAUAGACAGAGAAAGUGAGAGAGAGAGCGCGAGAGUGAGCGCGAGAGCGAGAGAAGAGUCGUCUAUCAACACCAGUUUCUCACACCGGACUAUUACAAUUUUAAUCAAAAUAGUUGACAAUUUGUUAAAAUGCCUGGAAUUGCAAAGUUACACUUGGAGGACUCAUUAGAGGGCGGUCCACAGACUAAAAGCCUGCUGGGCCUGUUUGAAAAAGAUGCCAUGUCCCUCAAGAAAUAUUCCAACAAUUUGCACAAUUGCUGUCAAAGAAUUCUUUCUGCUCAAAAUGAAUUGUGUGCAGCAACACAGUGCUUAUCACAGCAGUUGCGUAUGUAUGAACUUCAGAAAUUCCCCUUGGAGACUGAAGAUAGUAUUUUAAUAUCAACCCUAAACCAGUUUGCUACUUACUUAGAUGAUAUUAGUUCUGUUCAGCAAGUUCUCGCUGCUCAAUUUUCUGAGACAAUGAUGUAUCCAUUAUCAAAAUUUCUUCAAGCAGACUUAGAAGAAAUUAGCACCAUGUAUGAAAUGUACAGAAUUUCCUCUGACGAGCAUGAACAAGCAAUGGCAAAAUAUAUGAAACUUUCAAAAAAGAAAGAUAAUGACCGUCUAAGACGGGAUGCUAAUGAGGAGCUUUAUACUUCAAGGAAAAAAUUCCACCAGACAGCUCUCCAUUAUUAUGCUUCACUCAAUGCUCUCCAGUAUAAGCGGAAAUGCUUCCUGCUAGAACCUAUCUUGGGCUAUAUACAUGCUCAACGGACUUUCUUUCAAAUGGGCUAUGAUGCUAUUGUUAAACGGGAAAUUGAAGAAUUUCUAAACAACAUUACAGCCAGUGUUCAAGGUGUUCAACAAGAAUUAGGUCAAGAUACCCAGAAAACAAUUGAACUCAUUGACACUCUAGAAAAACAAAGUCAUCAUUUAUAUCAGCCGGAACCAAUGGUAGAAAUGCCAUAUAUACCACCGAAUGUCAACUUAGUCAGUAAAGCUGGUUAUUUAUUCAUGAGAAGUAAACACUCUUUAUUGGCAAACAAAUGGGAACGUGGCUACUUCUUCACUCAAGGAGGUAAUCUGAUGUACCAGUUUAAAGAUGAGGUGGCUGGCAGUCUGGCUUUGGAUCUCAGUGAAGAAGGAAUGGUAGCUGAAUGUACUGAUGCAGAUGACAGACGCUUCUGUUUUGUUGUGCACAAUCUCAGUACUAAAAAGUCAGUUAUACUUCAAGCUGAAAAUGAACGUGAAAGGGAUGAGUGGAUUGCUACAUUGAACAAUAUUUUACGCAGCAAUAAAACUGGGAAGAGCAAACAGUCUGAUUCACCCUCAAGGAAGAUGAAGGAUCGUGUUGGAAGUCUGGGUAGCAAAGAUUACAAAAAAGAGAGCUUUUCUCCCUCAGUUUCAAUUGAUGAGACUAGUUCUGGUUCUUAUAGUGUGCAGAAUCGAAAGACUUCUGACAGUUGUCUACCAAGUACUACAACAUUCACAGAUAGCUUUUUACCAGAUGUUCCUAUUCAAUUUGAUUUGAUGUCUCCUAGUGAAGAAAUUGUGUCUAAUUUAAAUGAAGAACUUUCUAAAUGUAACUUAUUGGAUGAAAUGAAUUCCAAAGAUUCUUCUGAACAAGUUGAUAAUGUGAAAAGUUUCAAAAGGAAAUUUACAGUUCGUUUCAUAGGAUCAAUGGAAGUGCCACAAGAUAGAGGUGAAGCCCUUGUGAACAAGACAAUGCGUCACAUAAUGGCAGCUCGCGCAAUACAUAAUGUUCUGAGAAUGACAGAAUCUGAAUUGAUAAUAUCUGACACAUCUCUGAGAUUAGUGGAUACUGCUACUAAUAAUGUCCGCACAGCUUUUAAACUGGGUGAUAUUUCAUAUUGGUGUGGACAUAAAGAAAAUGACAGACUACUUGGUUUUAUUACUGUCAACAAAGAAGAGGGUUCACUUUCUUAUACAUGUCAUGUUUUUGAGUCAAGUACACCAGUUUUGGAAAUUUGUCAAAGUAUUGGUAAAGCAACAUCUAUGGCAUUUAAAACUUUAAUGCAGAAGAAUAUGGAAAAUAGGAAGGCAGAAGAAAGAGAGCUUCUGCUUGCUAACAUCAGUAAGUUACAAGAUAAAUCACCAGAAGAAAUCAAACCAGCCAAGCUAAGCUCUGAUGAGAAAUAUUUGGUUUUUACAGAGAAGGCACCUUCAACAGCCUCAUCAGUUCAACCAGUCACAGACAUUGGGCCUGUAGAUGAUUCGGAAGCUUGAAGUUGAUUUUUUUUACUUAGAAAUGACAGGGAAAAAAGGGAAUGCAAAAAAAUUAAUUACUUUUAUUUUUAAAUGUACUGAGUGAUAUUUUUUCCUUAACUUCCGUUGACAAAAUCUAAGCUAUUUUGUAAGUAUUAUAAUUACCAAAUUAAUUGAUAUGAACAAGAAAUAACAGCUUGUAUCAUAUUCUUUCAAAAUUCAUUUCAGUAAGAAAAUAGAAUUAUUCUAAUUAUGUAGUGUUGUUAAUAACUUAUUUCUACUGGGCACAAACCCCAACACCUUUCUUUUUUUCUAAUAGGAGGAAAUAGAGUCAACUCAAUAUAUUACUGGCAUUUGUUUUAUUGAUCCCUAUCCUUGCUUGAAGGAUAAAAGCAACAUUGACUCCUAUUGAUUUAAUCUGAACACUUGAUGUUAAUGAUUAUGAUGAAGCAAUAACUUACAAAUCAUAAAACACUUAUUUCAACUGUUUACUACCUACUUUGGAUUCACUUUCCUAAUUUGGAGUGGAGGUGUAAUACCUUACAGUUUUUUUUCAGACCAUUUGCACUAGGGAUUUAGUGUAGUCAACUUGAGUCAUUGGAAGGGAAAAAAUGAUAAGGAUAAAAGUGUCAGACACACAAUUGUAGAAAGAGAGGAUUGGAGCAGUGAUAAAGAUAGGGAAUGACCUUGAUAAUGAGCCAGUGAUUGUAAACUGUUGGUUAUUUAAAACUUAACAAUCAGAUGGUACAUCUACCUAAUGCAGUGUUUCUCUUAUGGAUGUGAAGAGAACUAAUGAUUGAAAAGGGAGUGUUUCUAAAUAUGUUUCUAAUAUUUAAAUGUCAAAAACAUUGAUGAAACAAGAAUUACAUGGGUGUUUUAUCUAUUUUAUCUUCUCAUUAAUAAAGAGGAGGUUGCCAAAAAAAUUUCACCAAUAUCUUUUUAUAAGGAUAGGGUCUGUCAUUUUUCAAUUUGAGAACCACUGAUCUAAUGUAUAUAAUUCUCUCACAUUAUCUCCUGAGAUGAAUAUUAAAUAGUGAAUUAUUCUUGCUCACUACCUAUUUAAGUAGAAAGUCUUGUUAAUAUUAAAAGAAUGUCUCUUUUAUGCUCUCUACUUGACAGAAAAUGCUUUUGUAGCUUUUGAGCUGCUGUGGUUGGUACUGCUCAAACAUGCAGAUCUACAGAACAGAUCAAAUGUUUGGAAACACUGCAGGUUUUUGCCUUGAAUGUGAACUUCAGCCCAUUUAUAUCACAAUAUAGAUAUAUAUAUACACUCUACCAUUCAGUAUUUGUGUGUGUGGGUAGGUGUAGAGUGGCUAGCAGGUAGAGCAUGAUCUAUCUGUAUUGUUAUAAUGGCUAAGGGUUAUUAAUGUAGUGGAUAUGUCAACUGGGUAUGUUAUUCUACCUUGGGCUAUUAGAAAGAAUAUUAAAAAUGUUAGUCAAAUGCAAAUGAAUUGCUCAAGCUUUGUUAUGCUAUUUUCUUAAAUGAUUUGAUGUAUAACUAAGGAGAGAGACUAUUGCAUGAUAGAGCUGGACUAGUUUUUAGUCCAAACCCUUACAGUUAUAAAUUUAAAACUUACUUAGCUUUUCUUCUUGAUCAAUAGAAUAAGUACCAGUUAUUUAUGGUGUAUUGGUUUCCACAGAUUUGCUUCUUUCCCAGUCUUCCUUAACAUUUUUUUAGGUUAUAUGUCUCAUAAAGAAACGAAAUAUUACCUAGUCUUAGAAACUAUCAACUUGUAAUUAUAAUGAAAGAGGGAGAGAGAGAAUGUAUUGAUUAAAAUUCAUUGAAUCCAUAUGCAUUUUAGUUGGAACAUGUUGUGAAUGUAUUUGCAUGUUAGGUUUUGAGAUGGUUGUGCUUAAUGAAUUAACACAGUUUGAAAUAAUACUAUUGAAAUAAUAAUGGUUCAUGGCAUUGGCACAAGUUGGUGACAAAAAAAUUAAUACUCAUGCCAAAUAAAUUUGUACACUAUAUCAAGAUAAAAAGAUUUACAAACCUGGAAUGCUCUCAAUACAAACUGUCUCUUUGGCUGGAGACUAAAUUACUUUAUAAUUUAUCUGUGCAGAAAUUAUUGUAAAAAAAAAAGAAAGAAAAGAAGAAAAAAGAAACUGACCACAUUUUUUUCCUGUUAUUUUGAUUGUACACAUUUCAGAAUAUUUUGUUAAAUAUCACUAAACAAGUAAAUACUCUACAAACUUAGGUUAACGUUCUCUGUAUGUUGAUAAAAAAAAAGACCACUUUGUUUUGCUAUAUUUUACUUUUGAUUUCUCAUUUUCUAAUUAGUUUUUGGUGUAAUUUGAUAGAAACCAUUAUUAAUAGUAGAAAGCAAACUACUUUUACUCUACAAACCCCAACUCUCAGUAAGGGAGGCAUGGAAUGGAAUAAAAUAUAUUUUGCUAAGAAUAAAGCAGAAGAAAGUCCAAAGAUCCAGUAUUUGGUGAUGUGAACAGUGAAAAUAAAUUUAUUAUCGGGAGACUAUUUAUAUAUUUUCUCAUAUCCAUUUUAUUGUUUCAAAUUUACACCACAAUCUUGUCUGGACAUCCAAUUGUAGAACAGUGUUAUGUUGAACAUUGUUAUACUGUCUUUUAUGUUGGUCACAGAUAUCUGUUUGACACUGCGUGUGCAGUGAAGGUGGAACAGUAUUUAUUUACUUUUAAUGUGUGCAUUAAGAAAUAUUGAGAUAAAAUUAUUGAUUUCACGGCAUUUUUAAACUGGAGUCAUAUAUACAUAAAAAAGAUUUUCCAUUGAUAGUUUGGUUAUGUUCUUGAGGAAAAUUCCUAAUAUUAAACAAAAAUUAAGUGAAUUAAGUAAUUAUGAAAAAUUAAAAAUAUAAUAUUGCAAAACAAAAUAAAGUGAAAUAAAAAAAAAGAACUAUGUCAAAUGGAUAAAGAAAUUAACAAUUUAAUUCUAAAGUUCAAUAACUGUAUGCAUACAUGAAAGAGAAAGAUGGACGAGCUUUAAAAUUUUAUUAUAAAACACUACUUUUAUUUUAAAUAAAAAAUAAAAUUCAAAUGAAGAACUAACCAGACUACUGUAAGAAGUUUGGGAAGUUUUGAAAAUAUUAGCUAAAAAAAUUACUUAUAAAUACGUAUCUUGUAUUGAGAAAUUCUUGUAAAAAUAUUUCUGAUAAUGUACAGAACUUCAUAUGAUAUUUAUGUAUUGAGUAAAAGAUAUUUAUGUAUAUGUUAACCACUUUUGUCCUGAGUACUCAAUGAAAUAUCUAUCAUAACUGUGAAUGGUGAAAAUAGGUGGCAGAAAUAAUGUAUAUAACUAUAUAACAUUUAGAUGAUUAGAAUGCAUGUGUAUUAUGUCCAAUUGUAUGCAUAAAAACGAGCAGUUUAUUUUUAAAUGAAUGAAUCAUAAUGACAUUUAGGAAUAAUACAUGUCCUGGAUGGAGUUUGGGGAAAAAAAAAAAUUUCAAUCUUGGAUAACAGUAGGAUUUUAUUUUUGUUGAUUCAUCUCUGACACUGAAAUAUGCCAAAAAUUAAUCUUGCUUUAUUGGCAUCUAACAUAGUGUUUCUAAGAACAAAAAGUUAGUUUUGAGAAAUUGUAACUGACAGAAAUUUGGAUGCUCUCAGGUUUUGUAGCAUAGGGAUAUUAUUCAUUGAGAUAUACUCGGCAUAUGUUUUAAUUAGCUUUACCUCCAUUAACAGCUUAUACAACAGAAAAAUUGAGAAGUAUGUGAGUUGAUAUUAGUGGUUACUUAUUUUUGUAACAAGCACAGUUUAUUGAAGAAAAAAAAAGGAGCAAAAACAUAAAAAAAAUAUAUUAUAUAUAAAUAAAAUUCUGUAAAAUUUUUCAACUGGUUUCUGUGAUUGCAAGGCAAAAUUUAAUGUGAUGUUAAAUAUGAUUUGUCAGUGCUGGACAAAGUAUUACACUGUGAUGUAGGCCUCCAUUGGUCAUUGUAAACAUUUCUUAAGUAUUAGUAUGUACUAUGGAAAAUAUAAAAGUCGUGUUUACUUAACUGAUUCGUGAUCCUAAUGAUUGCCUAAAUUUUGCUUUUUGUUUCCCUUCCCCUUUAUUUUUUGGUCCUACAUGGUUAAAAAGUUCAUAUGGACACCCCACAAUCACUAUAUAAAUACAUUGUAUAUUAAACUUAGUUGUGAACCUGUUUCAUUUGUUUUCUCUUUUCUUAAAUUACACACACAUAGACACUAUAUAUGUGUGUGUAUGUAUGUAUAUUUAUAUAUAUAUAUAUACAUACACACGUGUGUGAACAGUAUGCAUUAUUUAAUUGUGACAACGAAUUGUGAUUCUUCUCCCUUUUCUAAUUUUAAAACAAUUUAGGAAGUUUUAAUACUUCACUCAAAAUGGGCUGAAGUGCAGCAAUUGUUAAUAAAUAUAUUAAAGUUUA